AUGGACCACCAGGAGCCCUACUCUGUGCAGGCCACGGCGGCUAUCGCGGCGGUCAUCACCUUCCUCAUCCUCUUCACCAUCUUCGGCAACGUGCUGGUCAUCUUGGCUGUGUUGACGAGCCGUUCGCUGCGUGCCCCGCAAAACCUGUUCCUGGUGUCGCUGGCCGCCGCCGACAUCCUGGUGGCCGCGCUCAUCAUCCCUUUCUCGCUGGCCAACGAGCUGCUGGGCUACUGGUACUUCUGGCGCACGUGGUGCGAGGUGUACCUGGCGCUGGACGUGCUCUUCUGUACGUCGUCCAUCGUGCACCUGUGCGCCAUCAGCCUGGACCGCUACUGGGCGGUGAGCCGCGCUCUGGAGUACAACUCCAAGCGCACCCCGCGCCGCAUCAAGUGCAUCAUCCUCACCGUGUGGCUCAUCGCAGCCGUCAUUUCGCUGCCGCCCCUCAUCUACAAGGGCGAUCAGGGCCCCCAGCCUCUGGGGCGCCCCCAGUGCAAGCUCAACCAAGAGGCCUGGUACAUCUUGGCCUCCAGCAUCGGAUCUUUCUUCGCUCCCUGCCUCAUUAUGAUCCUCGUCUACCUGCGCAUUUAUAUGAUCGCCAAACGCAGCAACCGCAGAGGUCCCAGGGCCAGGGGGGGCCCUGGGGAGGGUGAGUCCAAGCAGCGCCGCCCUGGCCCUGGGGGGGCCUUGGCCUCAGCCAAGCUGCCAGCGCGGGCCUCUCCGCUGGCUUCUGCGGGACAGGCCAAUGGACAGUCCAAACCCACUGGGGAGAAGGAGGAGGGGGAGAUCUCUGAAGAUCCUGGGACCCAGACCUUGCCACCCAGCUGGACUGCUCUUCCCAACUCAGGCCAGGGCCAGAAGGAGGGUGUUUGUGGGGCGUCUCCAGGGGAGGAGGCUGAGGAGGCUGAGGAGGUGGAGUGUGAGCCCCAGGCCGUGCCAGUGUCGUCUGCCUCAGUUUGCAGCCCACCCCUGCAGCAGCCGCAGGGCUCCCGGGUGCUGGCCACCCUACGUGGCCACGUGCUCCUGGGCAGGGGUGCGGGUGCUGUGGGCGGGCAGUGGUGGCGUCGGCGGGCGCAGCUGAGUCGGGAGAAGCGGUUCACCUUCGUGCUGGCCGUGGUCAUCGGCGCCUUUGUGCUCUGCUGGUUCCCCUUCUUCUUCAGCUACAGCCUGGGCGCCAUCUGCCCUCAGCGCUGCAAGGUACCCCAUGGCCUCUUCCAGUUCUUCUUCUGGAUCGGCUACUGCAACAGCUCGCUGAACCCCGUCAUCUACACCAUCUUCAACCAGGACUUUCGCCGUGCCUUCCGAAGAAUCCUUUGCCGCCAGUGGACACAGACGGCCUGAGCAGGAAGCCAGCCUUCCACUUUUCCCAGGAGAGCCUGCUGCUGAGGAGGAGGAAGAAACGAAGACUGUUCACUCACGUUGGGC